AUGUCAUUUUCAGAAAUGUCAUUUUCAGAUUUUUCUUCACGCUUAGAAACAGUAAUAGUAUUAUCAGAAGAAAUAGUAAAAUCAUGUCAGUCUGCAAAAAAUCAUAAAAUACUUGAAAGAUUUGGAAAUAAAGUAUCAGAAGCGUUAAAAGUACUAACGAAUUUAAAAAACUCUAAAGAUCAUUUUUUUAAUAAAGAAAAUGCUACUUUAUUAGAGAGAUUAAUUAACGAUAUCGAAAAUAUUAAAAAUUUUGUUGAUUAUCAUAUCAGUUCAUCAGAAGAAAUUAGUAAAUCAAAAAUAUUAAUUAUAUUAAAAAUUAAAAAAUUAUUUGAAGCUAGGAAAUUUGAAAAGUCUUUUGAUAACAAUCUUGUUAAUAUUCAAAGAUCUAUAGAAGGUUCAAAAGAACGUGAUAAUAAUAAUGAAACACGAGAUGUCGAGGUUCCAACAGAUGACGAUGAAAUUAAGGUUCCAACAGAUGACGAUGAAAACACAGAUGACGUUUCAAUAGUCUAUACCAAGGAUGCUAACGAGAAUAAAACAAAUAAUAAUAUUAUUAGGGUUCCAACAGAUGACGCCAAUGAUAACAGCUCUAAGAUUCAAACAAAAAUUAUUAUUGAUACUAAUGUUCCAAAGGAUAAUGAUAGUGUUGAAUUAGUGUUAUCACCAACUGACAUUAGUAUACCCACAGGAAAGUCAACAAUUUUCAGUAGUAGUGAAAUAGAUGAGAAUGGAAAUGAAACAACAAUUAAAACAGAAAUUAAACCCGGAAAAAAUGGAAAACCAGCAACUACAGUAAGAAAAAACACGAUAGAUUCAAAAGGCACAACAAUUUUUGAACUAACAACACUUUUUUUUGAACCAGAAGAAAAUUCUAGUGAAGGCAAAGUAAUUACUGAGAGUGAUAAAUCAAUGACCAUCCUACAAGGUGAUCAAUUGACUAAAACUGGUGAUUCAAGAAAAAUGAAAAAGAAAACAAAAACUUAUAGUAAAAAUGAGACAAAUGAUUUUGGGAUUGUAACAUCAACUACAACAGAAAUAAAAACUGAUGAAGAUGGAAAACCAACAGUAACAGUAACAACUGAAAAAUUUAUUGGCAAUAAAGAUGAAAAAAUUCCUGAAACAAAAUUUAGUAGUAGUGAAAUAGACGAAAAUGGAAAUGUAACAACAACUACAACAGAAACAACAACUAGAGAAGAUGGAAAAACAGAAGCUAGAGUGAGAAUCGAAACGAAAGACUUAAAUGAUAAAACAAUACAUAAUGAAUCAUUUGUUUCUAGACCGGAUGAUGUUAAUAAAGAAGAAACAACUCUUGAAAUGGUUAAAACUGAUAGUUUUGGAGUACCAAUGAAAAAUCAAACAAAUACUCUCUUUAGUGAAACGGAUGAGCAUGGAAUUAAAACGAUAAUAACUACUAUAAUAAAGACUCGUGCAAAAGAAACUAAAGUUCCGGAAGUUAUAAUAAAGAAGGUUAAAAUAAAUGAUAAUAAGUUAUUGAAGAGCUAA